ACUGAGAAAGCGACGUCGCUUUAUGUUUCUUCUAUGGAUCGAGGUUAGCUACUUCUGCGGGUUGGAACCAAAUUCUAAACUCUGAAAAGAAAGAAAAAAAUGUUAACUUGAUCUUCAUUUUUUCCUGCUUAUUAACAACCUGCUGCCAAAUGUGCGCGUUUUGUUUUUAUUUGUUUUAGCGCUGCAGUUCUAAGUAUUGUUGCCAUCUCAACAACAAGUUGUGAUUGUUUAGUUUGAAUUACAGCUAAAAGUCUUCCCUCACUUCCACUCAUCCGCCGUCUUUUAUUUGCUGAUUGAGGUCCGACAUACGGCGGUUGCAGCGUUGUUUUGAUUUUAGUGAGGAGGAGUUUUAGUCGGGGAGGAAAGAAAGAACAAACAUGUCAGGAGUUAGCAGACAAGCAAGCGCGGCUUCUGAGCUCCCCAACCAGGAGAACAACAUGCCUGCUCGGCUCAGAGGCGCGCCUAAACCCCGAGCURGUUCGGAAAACCAGGAGAACCUUCCACCCAAACAAGCCUCCAGCAACAGAACGGUGCUGGGRCCCCUGCAGAACAACCAGCGGAGCMGAGCCCAGACCCAGCGAGGCGCAAAGCAGGAAGCCUCUCAGCCGCUGGCUUUAAAAAACGAAGAUGUCGGCAGAACUUGCUUCGACAAACCAGCCGUCAAGCAGCCGGCCUUCCGCGUCCACGUGGACGAGCCUGACGGCGCCUGCAUCAAGAAGCAAGCGGCCGACCCGGCCAAAGCUCAACGCCCGGCGGGAGAGUCCCCCCUGACUGUUAGUAAUGCGGUGACCCAGCUCCGGCAGCCCCUGGCCAACAUCCCCGUCCCGGCGGGGAUGGAUGUCAGCUUUGAUUCUCCCAUGGACAUGUCUGUGAUCGAAGGAGAGGAAAAGCCUCUCACCGUAAACGAGGUUCCAGAAUAUUCUGCUGAAAUCCACAAGUACCUGAGAGAGAUGGAAGUGAAAACCAGGCCUAAAGCGGCCUACAUGAAGAAGCAACAUGACAUCACCAACAGCAUGAGGGCCAUCCUGGUCGACUGGCUGGUGGAGGUCGGAGAAGAGUACAAGCUCCAGAAYGAGACCCUGUACCUCGCCGUCAACUACAUCGACCGCUUUUUGUCCUCCAUGUCGGUCCUGAGGGGCAAACUUCAGCUCGUGGGGACUGCCGCCAUGCUCCUGGCUUCGAAGUUUGAGGAGAUCUACCCUCCAGAGGUGUCGGAGUUCGUCUACAUCACGGACGACACCUACACCAAGAAGCAAGUGUUGAAAAUGGAGCAUUUGGUGCUGAAGGUGCUGUCCUUCGACAUGGCCGCGCCCACGAUAAACCAGUUCCUCACGCUGUACUUCUGCCACCACGCUGUGGCCAAACGGGUGGAGAGCCUGGCCAUGUACCUCGGGGAGCUGAGUUUGGUCGACUCAGAUCCGUUCUUGAAAUACCUGCCGUCACAGACAGCAGCUGCUGCCUACAUCCUGGCCAACAACACAGUAACCGGAGCCUCAUGGCCCAAGUCUCUAGUGGAGGAGACCGGUUAUACAAUUGAGGACCUGACGCCAUGCAUUGAAGAUCUUCACCGAACAUUCGUAAACGCUGCUGAACACGCCCAGCAGUCUAUCCGAGAGAAAUAUAAGGGCUCCAAGUACCAUGAAGUUUCCUGCAUCAAUGCACCCGCUGAGCUGCUGCUGAACUGAAGUCUUCAUGAUUAACAUGCAUGCGCACCUCUUUUAUAGGCCUUUUUCUAAUUUUUUGUUUUAAUUUUUUGUGAAUGAUGUGCCACCUUUUUUUUUGUCUUGCUCUUUGUGGAGUAAUGCUAGUUUUUAUAUCAGGGUUUUAUUCUUUUUUUUUUUUUUUAAAUGUUCAACAGAUCUUGAAUCCCAGUGUUUUGUGCCAGACAACCUGAUGGCUAAUCAAGCAGUUUUUAUAGUCUGACUCUUUUAAUCAGAAGUGUUGCAGAGGUUUUGCACAGCUGUAGAAAUUUUGCUUUGAUUUUUCAGCAUCAAACCUGAAGACCUGUGAACGUACCAGGUUACUUGGGCUGCAAAUGGCAGCCUGGGUUAAUUAAUUAAUUGGCAUGAAAUGUCGAUUUAAAGGCUUAGUGUGUUGUCAUUACACUAAAGCCUUGGUACACAACAACUUCUCUCAGGYAUCUUCAGCUCUGUAAAAUAUGGCACUUGUAAAUAAAAUCCAUGUAAAGUUUAAA